UAGAACUGUUAAUAUGGUCAAAUCCGGAAACUAUCCUUUUGAAAACAAAACGUUUAUUCUUUCAGUGAAAUACGGAACUUUUCGGUAUUUUAUCGAACGGAUGGCAACCUAAGUCUAAAUAUUGCUGUUACAUUGCACAACCUUCAAAGUUAUGUCAUAAUUAUGUAAAAUUCUGGCAAAUUGAUUACGGUCUUUGUUAGGAAUAAAUGGCCUUUCAACAGUUCGUAACGAGCCAUGCGGGCCAAACUGCUGCAUACACCCUGACUCUGCUUGUACUGAACGCAAGAGAAGUGACACAAUUUCCCUCGUUAAUAUUGCCUGCUAACAUGCAUUUAAAUAAAAAAUAAUAUUCAGGUUUAAAAAAAAAAAAAUACUUCUGUGUAUUGAUUUUAAGGAAGGCAUUGAUGUUUAUGGUUAGGUACAUUUGUGCAACGAUUGUGCUUUUUUCGCAUAUUCAGGUUUCAAUAUUCAGGUCCCCAAGAAAGUAGACCUUAUGCUGUUUCUCCUGUCAGUUCCAGACAGGACAGGUUAUGCUGUUACUCCUUUCGGUUCCAGACAGGACAGGUUAUACUGUUUCUCUCCUCUGUUCCAGACAGGACAGGUUAUACUGUUACUCCUCUCAGUUCCAGACAGGACAGGUUAUGCUGUUACUCCACUCCUCUCAGUUCCAGACAGGACAGGUUAUACUGUUACUCCUUUCGGUUCCAGACAGGACAGGUUACUCUGUUACUCCUCUCAGUUCCAGACAGGACAGGUUAUGCUGUUACUCCUCUCGGUUCCAGACAGGACAGGUUAUGCUGUUACUCCUCUCAGUUCCAGACAGGACAGGUUAUACUGUUACUCCUCUCAGUUCCAGACAGGACAGGUUAUACUGUUACUCCUCUCCGUUCCAGACAGGACAGGUUAUACUGUUACUCCUCUCAGUUCCAGACAGGACAGGUUAUACUGUUACUCCUCUCAGUUCCAGACAGGACAGGUUAUACUGUUACUCCUUUCGGUUCCAGACAGGACAGGUUAUGCUGUUACUCCUUUCGGUUCCAGACAGGACAGGUUAUACUGUUACUCCUCUCAGUUCCAGACAGGACAGGUUAUACUGUUACUCCUUUCGGUUCCAGACAGGACAGGUUAUACUGUUACCCCUUUCGGUUCCAGACAGGGCAGGUUAUACUGUUACUCCACUCCUCUCAGUUCCAGACAGGACAGGUUAAACUGUUACUCCUCUGUUCCAGACAGGACAGGUUAUACUGUUACUCCACUCCUUUCGGUUCUAGACAGGACAGGUUAUACUGUUUCUCCUCUCCGUUCCAGACAGGACAGGUUAUACUGUUACUCCUCUCAGUUCCAGACAGGACAGGUUAUACUGUUUCUCCUCUCGGUUCCAGACAGGACAGGUUAUACUGUUUCUCCUCUCGGUUCCAGACAGGACAGGUUAUGCUGUUACUCCUUUCGGUUCCAGACAGGACAGGUUAUGCUGUUUCUCUUCUCGGUUCCAGACAGGACAGGUUAUACUGUUACUCCUCUCAGUUCCAGACAGGACAGGUUAUACUGUUACUCCACUCCUCUCAGUUCCAGACAGGACAGGUUAAACUGUUACUCCUCUCAGUUCCAGACAGGACAGGUUAUACUGUUUCUCCUCUGUUCCAGACAGGACAGGUUAUACUGUUACUCCACUCCUUUCGGUUCUAGACAGGACAGGUUAUGCUGUUUCUCCUCUCAGUUCCAGACAGGACAGGUUAUACUGUUACUCCUUUCGGUUCCAGACAGGACAGGUUAUACUGUUACUCCUCUCAGUUCCAGACAGGACAGGUUAUGCUGUUACUCCUCUCAGUUCCAGACAGGACAGGUUAUACUGUUACUCCUUUCGGUUCCAGACAGGACAGGUUAUGCUGUUACUCCUCUCAGUUCCAGACAGGACAGGUUAUACUGUUACUCCACUCCUCUCAGUUCCAGACAGGACAGGUUAUACUGUUACUCCUCUCAGUUCCAGACAGGACAGGUUAUACUGUUACUCCUCUCAGUUCCAGACAGGACAGGUUAUACUGUUACUCCUUUCGGUUCCAGACAGGACAGGUUAUACUGUUACCCCUUUCGGUUCCAGACAGGGCAGGUUAUACUGUUACUCCACUCCUCUCGGUUCCAGACAGGACAGGUUAUACUGUUACUCCUCUCAGUUCCAGACAGGACAGGUUAUACUGUUACUCCUUUCGGUUCCAGACAGGACAGGUUAUACUGUUACCCCUUUCGGUUCCAGACAGGGCAGGUUAUACUGUUACUCCACUCCUCUCGGUUCCAGACAGGACAGGUUAUACUGUUACUCCUUUCGGUUCCAGACAGGACAGGUUAUACUGUUACUCCUCUCCGUUCCAGACAGGACAGGUCGCAGGGAAGAUUGAAAAACAACAACAAACAGCAGGGCUCUAGACAGCAACAGGCCCUGGAGAGUCCGCUGUCCCAGCCGUAAUGGUUAACCGCGUUGCAGGCUGCGUUCAGGCCCUCAAGAAAACCCUGCUAGGUUGAUAGGCAGCUAGCUAGCAGCUAGGCUAGCUGCUAUGCCAAACAGCUCCUCAGACCGCUCCUUGGUCGGCAGGAUGACUGGACAUAUAGUAGUGGUCCCAGCCACUGAUGCUGUCUGCGUCUGUAUUCCGUCCACAUUUUCCACAAUGCAGUAAUGCAGGUGUGUUAUCACUGUGGCAUGGCUGGUGAUUAUAUUCUUAAUUGUUAUGUUAUAUUAUAAUGUUAUA